CUAAGAGCAUCAUAACGGUGCAGCCUGCAGUUGUGUUAGUUGAGCUUAAGUUUAGAUUCGUCGCUACCAAAAACAUGCCUUGGUGUGAUAUUUGACUUUUCAACAAGCGUAUAAUAAAGCGAUAGUUUCUUCUCUCAGUCCUUGUUCUAAUUUAACGUUGGCUUUUGAGUGCGUCCAAUACAGUUAGCUACAGUUUUUUUUCAAGCAAGGCCUGAAACGGCAACGAAAAGCGAAAGCCAGGUAACUUCUUCGAGAUAACAAGGUCCACUGAUCUGACAGUGACAUUAAACAGGUGCUUUAUCACCCGGAAGAGCGUUUGUCCUCAAAAUGAGAGGCUCGUAUGGAGACAGAGAUAGAGACCGUGGCCGUGACAGAGGUCCUCGUUUCGGGUCCAGCAGAGGUGGUCCACCACCGGGAAAAAAGUUUGGGAACCCCGGGGACCGUUUACGAAAGAAGAGGUGGGACCUGGAUGAGCUUCCCAAAUUUGAGAAGAACUUCUAUAAUGAACAUUCUGAAGUGCAGCGAAUGAGCCAGUAUGAUGUUGACGAGUAUCGCAGGAAGAAGGAAAUCACUGUUCGAGGUUCAGGCUGCCCAAAGCCUGUCACCAGCUUCCAUCAGGCACAGUUUCCCCAAUACGUAAUGGAUGUACUGAUGCAGCAGAACUUCAAGGAGCCCACAGCCAUUCAGGCACAAGGUUUCCCCCUUGCCCUCAGCGGGAGAGACAUGGUGGGCAUUGCUCAGACUGGCUCUGGGAAGACCUUAUCGUAUCUCCUGCCUGCAAUUGUGCACAUCAACCAUCAGCCCUACUUGGAACGUGGCGAUGGACCCAUUUGCUUGGUUCUGGCCCCCACGAGAGAACUGGCGCAGCAGGUCCAGCAGGUGGCAUAUGACUAUGGAAAGUCAUCCCGGAUCAAAAGCACUUGUGUGUAUGGAGGAGCUCCUAAGGGACCCCAAAUCCGAGACCUGGAGAGAGGCGUUGAGAUCUGCAUUGCCACGCCAGGGCGUUUGAUUGACUUCCUUGAAGCUGGAAAGACCAACCUGCGACGCUGUACAUACCUCGUUCUAGAUGAAGCUGACCGCAUGCUGGACAUGGGUUUUGAACCACAGAUUCGCAAAAUUGUGGACCAGAUUAGGCCUGACAGACAAACCCUGAUGUGGAGCGCCACCUGGCCUAAAGAGGUUCGCCAGCUGGCCGAAGACUUCCUGAAGGACUAUGUCCAAAUCAAUGUCGGAGCGCUGGAACUCAGCGCCAACCACAACAUCCUUCAGAUAGUUGAUGUCUGUAUGGAGAGUGAGAAGGACCACAAGUUGAUCCAGCUGAUGGAGGAGAUUAUGGCUGAGAAAGAGAACAAGACCAUCAUCUUUGUGGAGACCAAGAAACGAUGUGACGACCUCACACGCCGAAUGAGACGCGACGGGUGGCCAGCAAUGUGCAUUCAUGGCGACAAGAGCCAGCCAGAGAGAGACUGGGUGUUGUCAGAGUUCCGUAGCGGCAAAGCUCCCAUCCUCAUCGCUACCGACGUGGCCUCGCGCGGUUUGGAUGUGGAGGAUGUCAAGUUUGUCAUCAAUUAUGACUAUCCCAGCUCGUCGGAGGACUACAUCCAUCGCAUCGGUCGUACGGCCCGCAGCACCAACAAAGGCACUGCCUACACCUUCUUCACUCCGGGGAACCUCCGACAGGCCCGCGAGCUGAUCCGGGUGCUGGAGGAGGCCCGACAGGCCAUCAAUCCCAAACUGCUGCAGCUGGUUGACACUGGACGUGGAGGAGGCGGAGGAGGUGGCCGUCCCCGUUUCCGAGGCAGCUCCAAUUCCAAUAAUCCCAACCUGAUGUACCAGGACGAGUGUGAUCGGCGAAUGCGCUCUGUGGGCGGGGGCGGCGGUUCCAAAGACAGCCGCGGCGGCAGCGGCAACUACAGUCGUGACAGUCGAGAUAGCCGCGGUGGAAGCAGCCGGGACGGGGACCGCUCCUCCUCCUCUUCCUCCUCCUACAGAGAUCGCAGUGGCAGGGACGGAGGACGCAGCUAUAGUUCCAGCUCCAACUCGUAUGACCAGUACCAGAAUAACGGCGGCGGCCAGUACAGUAGCACCAGGGGCGCCUCUGGUUCAGGGGGCGGUGGAGUGGCCCCGCCGCCAUCAGCGGUUCCACAGCCUCUGAUGGCUCAGCAGUUCAACCCUCCGCAGCCCAUGAUGGGCCUGAUGGGGCACUCACCAUUCCAGUUUGCUCCUCCACCACCACCGCCUCCUCCCUCAGGCAGAAAGUAAUGUAAUCUGUGCACCACAGUCACACACAGCACAACACACAGCACACCCACUCACACAGGCAGUUUCAAAGCUAGUCAGAUUUGUCUUGAUUAGAAGGAUGUAGUCCUUGGCACUGCAACACAUCAGUGCACUGUGCUUUAAAGUUCCUUAUUUCUUCAGCAUCAAUAUGGUUUUAAAACAUCUAGACUGGUUCCCAGAUUGGUUAUUAAGUGGUCAACCAUUAAGUGGUUUUGACUUUUUCCUUUAAAGUCAAGUCAUUCAGCAUUAGUCAUUUAGUUUGACAGAAGUUUGUCUUUGUCACUUUGUUAUAAUUGUCUUGAAAAAAAAAAUCUCUUUUAUACAAACAUGGUGUUUUUGUAUUGUGAGCCUCUUUAUGUGAGCUGGCACAGAGGAUUUAUAUAGUAUCUGAUUUUCCCUCUAGGUGUAUCCAAGGUAGGUGCUGAAGUUCAUUCUUGUAUAUAAACUUGUUUCUGUUUUAGGUUCAAUAUCUUUAUUUUUGGAUUUGAAGCUUUGUAAGUGACAAGAUCAGUUUGAAUUACUGAAGGAUGGGGGAUGGGGACCCUGAUGUGUCUUGAGCAAAAGGGUGAAAAGAUUUAUAUAUUUUUUUCCAUAAUGGGAUUUUUUUUUUUGAACACUUGCUUUGAAUUUUCUCUUGAUGAUUUCAUGACACAGAUUAUUAAUUUAGGCCUUAUAGAGGCAACUCUGCAGGGGCUUGUGCAGCCAUGGCACCAGUCCAAGCAACACGCAUGUAAAAUAGCAAAAAGUUUGUGUACUAACAGAUAUCCUGAGUCCUGCCCCAGGUUACCUUAUUCAGUCUAUCACCAGGGUAAUUAAGUCUUUGCUGCAGUGAUAACUGGUAUUUUCCUAGAUAAUAGUGAGUCCCUUUUUACAGUUUGUUUUUCACGUUUAAUAAAGCUCCUCAACGUAUCAUUGUGUACUGUUUAAAUCCUCAAUGCUGAAAUCGUGGAGGUGGACAGCAGCUUUGGGUACUGUACUGUGGACUGUUCAUGUGGUGGGAGUAGAAGCUGUUCCCUGCAACACAAACGAACAUGCCUUCAGGUCACCAAGAAAAAAACUUUAUUACCCAUUUGGAAUAUUUUACCAGUGUUAUUCUCUUGCACAUAGCACAAGUCAAAUGUACACAACAGAACUGCCAUCAUUGGUAUUUACAAAGCAGUCGUAUUGGAGAUUAGUGCAGUGGAAUGUGAUUGAGAGCCUGUGGGGGAGGAAGAGGUGUUCAGAGUAGCUGACAUGCAUCGCAGACCGUAGAAACAAGUUGGACAUGUUUGAGACGGACGCCGGGCUCGAGAGCACCCGUGUGCCGCUCAGUUUGCAUAUGCUCAAGUUUUUGAUAAUCAAUUUUACCCAAUAACUGCUAAAAUAUUCACUUAAAUCACAAGCUAAAGAAAAGAUCUGUCAAAAUUUAACUUUCAUCCUACAGAAAAUGCUUUGAAUAUAUUAAGGAUUUAAGGUUAUAAUGUAGCUGAUGUGUAUCUGAAACUGGAGACCUAAUAUGACUGACAUGUAACAGAUGAGGAAAAACAAAUCCAUCCAAAUGCACUAAACUUUAAAUAAAAGUUAGAACUGCAAAAUAGGCACAUAUGGCAGAUAAUACACAACUCUGAUGUUACAGUAAAUUUUGUUCUUUACGUAAGAUGAGUAAAAGACAGGGAAACUACUACGAGAAAAAAUUCACUGUGCAAAUCAGAAAGUGGACUCAGUCACUGCGAAAGAAACAAGUGAUAUUCACUCAACACACGAUGAAUAGACGCCACAAAAAAAGUUGAUUACGUAUAGCUCUGUUUUGCAAACUAAGAUGAGCUGCGUUUAUGUAAUGUUUAUGUUCUUUCCCUCCUGCUGUGCUGGAGUUUGUGAGCAUUGUGUCUCAUGUUGGCAGAGCAUGCAGAGGUGAAGGUAAAUGCAACUGAUGAUGGAUUUAAAUUGAUUUGUGCCCUAGCUGAGGAUUAACAAAAAAAAAAAAAAAAGAAAAGAAAAAUCAGGCACACCAAA